UUUGAUUCGUGUGUUGUUCGUUCGACCUUUCAAUCGAGAAUCAUCCGGCCAGCAGCAAAGUAUGGCGGUGCGGAUCAAUGGCGCACUUCAAGCCCAUUCGCAGCGCCCUUCCCAUGCCUGCGGGCGACAACUCCCAACCUGUAGCAGACUCCACCACAUCGAGUGAGAAGCGACCAAAACGUAUAGCGUGCGUCAGGUGCAGACAAUCCAAGCUCAAAUGCGAAGGACUCGACAAAGGCCCCAAAUGUAUCAGAUGCGCCAAGAACUCACUGGUUUGCGAGAUUGAUUCUGACUUCAAGCGCAUCAAUAAAAGGGCCAAACUCGAAGACCUGUCCGAAGAAGUCAAGCAACUUCGGUCCAUCAUCUCUCGCUCCCAAACCGAACCAGGCUCGUCGCACGAUGAGAAACGCAGUGGUUCGCCGCCGCACGGUGCGACAACGCUGGCAGAGUCGACCGAGCAUGCUGUAGUAGAUUCUCCAGGUCCUCCCAAUGGAGAGUUCACACCGUUCCCAAAUGUCGCGCGCAAGGUCUCCAGCUCGCGCUCUCAGCACGCGCCAAACAAUACCUUUACGCCGUCCUUUCAAGGCUCUUCCAUCGAGUCGCCAACCAUGUCUAUUCCUCGAGGCCAUUCUUUUCACAUUCCGCAAGCCGCCACAACUUCGCACCAAUUAGGUGAUUUGCAUAUCACUCCACAGCAGACGUCUAGCCUGUUCAAUGUCUUCUUUGAAGACUUCCAUCACUUCUUCCCCAUCCUCAAACCUGACCUGUCACCUGAAGACUACUAUGAACGUUCACCCCUCCUAUUUUGGACCAUCAUCGCCAUUGCCGCGAGAAGCUACGACGAGGAAGUCGGCGUCUACUCGAGCCUGAGAGCACCACUGGACAAACUCAUGUGGGAGAAGAUCUCAGUGACUCCUCAUUCGCAUCUCACCAUUCAAGCCAUCGUACUACUCUGUGUCUGGCCCUUUUCCUCACCUUCAAUGAUCACCAACCCUUCGUUCAUGUUGAUCUCCAUCGCACGCACAGCGUGUAUGCAUCUCGGCUUACAUCGGCCAGAGAUCCUCCAGGAUUUCAACCGAGUCAAGUUCCGUGUCUUGUCCGAACACGUCGAGGAAGCUGCUAAGGUGUGGGCGGGAUGUUUUGUGGCAGCUGAAAGCAUAACCUCCACCGAAGGCCAGGGUCCGCUGUUUGUAUCGACAGAUCCGACAAUAAGUCUAGCAUGUGGCGAGCAAAACAUAUAUCAUCUCCCACAAGGUCUUCGACAUAUCCUGGUAAUCCAACGAUUUCUCAAUCGAGUCAAUUGCAGUAUGGCGGCCGACACCAGUACUCGUGGUGGUGGAUCAUCAGCCUACGAAGCCGGCACUCUGUUAGCAUCUCUAGAAGAUGAUCUGCACGUAUUACAGAAACAGCUCGAAGGCAGCAUCACCGACAUGUGCAGCAUCUGGGUCUCCGGCGCCGCUCUACAAUUGCAAGUGUACUAUUUCCUCGAACCCGUCGACUCACCGGCGCGCAAACACGGAUUAUUGCGAGCGUACCACACGGCCAUGGAAUUCAUUUCUCAAAUCGAACGCGCCAACGAAUACGACAAAUUUAGCCGAUCAGUACCACGCUAUUUCGGCGCCAUGGUCAAACUCGCGGCGCUUGUGGUCAUGAAACUUUUAUUUUCCAACUACUCACGGAUCCUGGACAUUGAAGCCGGGAAAAAAGCAUUCAAUACCGCCAUGUCGAUCCAACGCGCCAUGUCCGUUGAAAACAACGAUUUCCCAUCUCGCGACAGCGUGGUCUUGACUCAUUUAUGGGCCAUCAAUCAAUCUAACGGUACGAUUCGCAACGAAGAACCGACUUUACGUCUCAAUACCCGGCAUAGCGCCAGCGUCUUGCAUGAUUCAUUGUGGGUAUGGCGAAAUUACUAUGCUGAACGAGAAUUCAACACCGAACAUCUCGGACGACCUCCGCGGGUUUUACCUUCGCUGAUUCAACACUCGCCGGUGGCGACGAUGGAUACUCCGAAUGUUAAUAUCCCCUUUGAUCCGUAUGCGUCGACGCCUCAGAACUCGAAACUCGAUCAUCAACAACAACAGCAGCAGCAGCAGCAGCAGCAGCAAAUGGGGACCAUGCAUGGCAUGCAAUCUGGGAAUAUGUCGAAUACGACGCCAGGGUUGAUGUCGGAUGGUAUGGCUGCGCCGCCGGGUCAGGGAAAUGGUAUGAUGGAUAAUACUUCGCCGGAUCCGUUUGAUUUGAUGAGUUCGUAUGGCUCAUAUAUGAUCCCAGAAGCGGAUUCGAGUGGAAUGUUUUAUCCGAAUUGGAUGUGGGAUGCGGCUUUUUCAAUGCAGAAUUGAGAGGGAUCAAGGAAAGGGAGGUAUUGAUCCAGAAGAAGGACGACCUCAACCAGGGACGGGUUCUAUGACACAGGUAUAUAUGUCUCUUUGAAUAUCUCCUUGCCAUCAUUGGUGUCAGCGAGACCCAACAACAUAUCGAGCGUUUUUUGUACGUUGGGAAGUUGCAUUUGGCUUGUACAGCAUACUAGGCGAGUGACUUUCCUGGAUACUUUAGCUGUCAACUGUCAUAAAAUGCACCGGUCAACCAGGCAAAAUAUCUGUUCAUAUAUCUUCAUAGGCAGGCUCAAACAGUCUUGGC